AGGGAGGAUCAGAAGGUCAGGAAAGUAUAAAGCUUGCUCUAGCUACAAACUUUCAGACACAGUUUGCUGCAGUGAUCAUGAUGUCCUUCAAGACUGCACUGGCUCUGCUUCUUCUAGCCAUGUUCAGCAUGGUUGCCGAAUCAUCAUGGGGCAACGGGAAAGGAAAUUCUUACAAUUAUGACCUUUCCAAAAUGUCUGAUCUGAGGAAACUAUACAACUCCAAAGUUUUCAAGGCAGAGAGAAUGACCAGGCCUCUGGAGGGCAUGUCUUUCCAAGUCGGCGUACUCAGUCACUCCGGAGUUAGAGUGACUAUAGAAGACGGCACUAUAUGGCUGGUUCAUAAAGGAGAUGGCUAUGGUAUCUCAUCACAGACCGUUGUGGUGGCUGCCCGUCAUAUGAGCAGUAACUGGAAGAUUGUCGAGACUAAAAAUUUCGGUGGAAGCAAGACGGUAUCUGAUUUUGUGAAGGCUGGAGGAACAGACUACAAACUUUUGUUUGAUAACUGCCAUGAUGCCGCAAACCGGAUGAUGGGUGGUUAAAUAUACUAUAAAAAAACUACACUGAAGCCUAAAUGGUUUUCUUGUGAAGAGAACAUUACUUUUACAAAAAACAUUUUGUUAAUGUACCUUUUUAUUGAAUGUUUUUCAAAUGUAUGAUUGUGUAUAGAUGUGUGUUGAAUAUUAGUAUCUUUUGACGUUUUAAAAAUGUCCGACUCAAUAAUAAUGGACUUGAUAUUAAAACAUACCUGCAGGUGGCGACAGAGGUUCAUGUGUCCAUUUGCUUAUCCAGAAGGUAAACAGAUUUUAGUGAUUGAUUGUUGUAUGAAUAUUGCACAUGUACACAAUAAAAUAAGCACCUAGUUAUAAAAAGCAAAAGACACCUCGAGGCAAUUGCUUUUACUACAGUUUUUUUUUUUUUUUUACCUCUAUGUACAUGCAUGCCAUGUUUGUUUUGAGUAUGGUAUAACAAGAAAUGUCAGAUUAAUUAUGGGUGUCAGUUGUAACAGUACAAACAUCAACCUCUUUGGCAAAUAUAUGAACUAACUUCCUCCACCCAACCAGUGCUUUCCAUGAGAGUUUAAAACAUAUGCAUCGCAUGUUUGUUUUGAUUAAGCACAGUUAAGUUUAGCUUUAGGUAACAGGGAUGUAAAAAUAUAGCUCUGGUAACAAAAUCUCAUCAGACACUCACAAGCUUGAGUUUGCUGUGAGCAUGACGCCCUAUAAGACUGCACUGGUUUUGCUACUCCUGGCCAUAAGGCUUAGUGUCUGAAUACUCAUGGGGCAAAGUAGCUACAUUUACAAAUCUAUGUCCGAUUCGUUUACAACUACAUUGUUAUCAUCACCCAAGUCAAUAAAUACAAUUAAUCAA